UUUCCGCCAAGUUCAGUAACAUGAGUGGUGUGGUUUCGUGUUUCUCCGCCUGGCUGGCCGCAAGUGUCUUCCUGGCGGGUGUUUCAGCGUCCCUGCAGCCUCCCAAUGUUGUCAUCAUGCUCAUGGAUGAUAUGGGCUGGGGGGACUUGGGAUGCAACGGGGAGCCGAACAGAGAGACGCCUAACUUGGACCAGAUGGCGAGGGAAGGCCUGAUCGUCUCCAGCAUGUACACAGCAGCUCCCCUCUGCUCUCCGUCUCGCGCAUCGCUCCUCACAGGCCGCCUACCAAUCAGAAACGGCUUCUACUCCAACAACACAGCGGGAAGAAACGCUUACACUCCGCAGAACAUCGUGGGCGGGAUAUCAGAUGACGAGGUGUUACUGCCGGAGUUACUGAAGGAAAAGGGCUACACCUCAGGCCUUGUGGGAAAAUGGCACCUCGGACACCAGUCUCAGUAUCUGCCACGCAAACACGGCUUCGACUUUUGGUUCGGCUCGCCAAACUGCCACCUCGGCCCCUACGUGGAUUUGGUGACGCCGAACAUACCUGUCUUCCUGAAUGACGACAUGGUGGGCAGGUACUACGAUGACUUCCACAUUGACAGACAACAUGGAAUAUCUAACAUGACGCAGCUUUAUACUGACGCAGCCGUGGAUUUCAUUAACAAGGUGGCAAGCAAGGGGCCUUUCUUCCUGCUGUGGGCACCGGAUGCCACUCAUGCACCAACUUACGCCUCAGAGAAAUACUAUGGCAUCAGCAGGAGAGGGCGGUACGGUAACGCGGUGAUGGAGUUAGACGCGGGCGUGGGCACCAUUCUGGACGCCCUCAAGAAGCAGGGAGUAGACAAAAACACCUUAGUGGUCUUCACAUCUGAUAACGGUGCAGCGCUCGUCAGCAAGCAAGAUGGAGGCAGCAACGGGCCAUUCCUAUGCGGCAAGCAGACCACCUUCGAGGGCGGCAUGAGGGCGCCAGGAAUAUUCUGGUGGCCAGGGGUGAUCCAAGCAGGCACCACGUCCCAUCAGGUGUGGACCCAGAUGGACUUGUUCUCAACGGCGGCACAGCUGGCGGGAGUAUCCCCCCAUGAUCGCAUCUACGACGGUCUGCCCCUCGCUAAUGCCCUCAAACACCCUCAGCUCGAGGUUCCCAGGCCGGUGUUUCUGUACCGAGGGAACAGACUGAUGGCGGUGCGUCGCGGAGCCUUCAAGAUACACCUGUGGACCUUUAGCACUCCCCCCGCUGAACUGCAGAGGGGCAUCAAUUAUUGUCCAGGUGCUGAGGUGCCCAACGUGACAACACCCACGCCCACAGACCAUAGCGACAAGCCAGUUCUCUUCAACGUGGAGGUGGAUCCCGGGGAGCGCUACCCGAUCCACCCCUCCUCCUCUAUCUACAAAUAUAUUGUCCCCAUGUUGCUAGAUGUGGUGAAGGAGCACGAGGAAGAACUGGUUCCUGGUGAUCCUCAACUAAACUGGUGUGACCGCGCGGUGAUGCAUUGGGCGCCCUCUGGCUGUGCGAGGCUGAAUGAGUGCUUGCCGGUACCAGAAUCCCACCCAACUCUCUGCGUCUGGCCUCACUAACCUCGCCGCGUCCUCUCACACCGCUGAACGAAAAUAACGAGAACAAGGACAGAGACGAAGACGAAGAGGAUAAGAAUAAAUACGUGGAGGAUUACUACUGAAGACAUCCGCAGGACAAGAACGAAUAAAGGUACGAUAGCCGCUCUCAAGACAUCUGGUGGAGUAAGACAAGGAACAAUAAAACUUUAGUUGAGACAUAUGUUACAAGGAGGCGAGGAAGGGCAGGGAUGAAUAAGACAACGUAAUGUAGCCAACAUGUGCGUCCCUCAAGGCAGUUAGUGCUCGCCUGGAACCUUGCAGCGAAUCAUAACACGAACUUAAGUCCACAACUGACUAAAUUUCUCCUGAGACAGAGUGAGGAGAUGAGGGGAAGCAGAAAAUUGGUGAGGAAAGGGGGACAGAGCGAAGGGUAGGAAAAAGACUUGAUGCAUUGCACGAGGUAGUUAUUCUCCUCCUCCUCCUCCUCCUCCUCCUCUGCCACCUGGUGCUGCCUCAACUUAAUUAAGGCAGCCCGAGAAAGCGAAUUUAUCUUCUAUCAAAGGAAAACGAACCCAGACGGAAAGAUGAAUGUUUUAAGAUAUCCUGAGGGUGGCCGCGCUACUUGCACACGGAUUUUUUUUUUUUCAUUUUUUUGUAUUCAUUCUUUCCCAAAUGUUCGAGCGCGCGCGCACACACACACACACACACACACACACACACACACACACACACACACACACAGUAACACAGAGUUUUAUCACUUUGCUCUCUUGCAUCACAUGAGCUUCACAAUAACUUUAGAGCUCUCUCUCUCUCUCUCUCUCUCUCUCUCUCUCUCUCUCUCACUUUAGCUACAUAAUUUCUACUGUACUCUCAAAACAAGUCUUCCAAUAAUCUUCUACAUCAAAGCUCACCAAACCAUGCAAAGGACCAAUACAGCAGGGCGUCUACCAGUACGAAUAACGCUUCAGUCUGCCACAAACGUAUUAGUUCAUGUGACUUCGCUGGCUAGGUGACGCAACGAACGCACACAUCACACAUCCUUUCCCUCUGAUAACAUGACAAGCAUUAUGACGAAGCGGUUUGGUAUUAAUGGUUCGAUGUGACAUUUUGUUCUUGUAUCAUGUAAGACAUUGUUUUGUGAUAACAUAGUGUCCUUGUUAAAGUAAAAAAAAGCUGAAGAAAACAGUCACAUCCUCCAGAUACAUUCCCUGUAGCCAAUUUAAGCUAGCCAUGAUAAAGUUGAGGAGAUAACAUUGAGAACACAAGUUUGUAUAGUAAGAAUGUUUUGUUAUCCAGAAAAAAGCAGAUGAAGAACUGGUAUUUCACUGGUGCGAAUUAUAGUGGAAUAUACACAAGCGUAUUUUUGUUCUAUGGGACUUCAAUAAGGUACAGUGGUGAAUCUCUAUAUCAAAAUCAGGUUUCCUACUUAGUUCUGAUUCUAAACUUAGAUUUAUUUCAGGAAUAUAUGUAAGAAUUUCCUUUUGUAUGGUAUUAAAAAAGUAGAAUAGCAA